CGAGACAUAGAGGUAGACUCACUGCCAGGGAAGUGAAUUCAGUUACUGUUUUAUCUGAGACUGACAAAAAGAGGACUUAAUGGCCAUGGAUUCCAUCUUUGCUACACUGGUUUGCUUCCUUCUGGCCUUUUCUUUUGCUGUGGCACAAAGAGAAAAGGCAAAAUUGACAGUCACACCUACAAUGAGAAACUCUGAUUCAAACCUGACCCUGACACACACGCCUGCCGCCGUAACGCCAUCUAACUCUACUGGACAGGUAACUGUUAUCUCAAACUUGACUGAUAACACAACUCCAUUUACCAGCACGACCAAGGACAAUGAAACUACUACAGCCGCCACAGUGGGGAGCACAAAUCAUCUCCAGACUUCUCAGUCAACAACCAUCAUGAGUACAUCACUGACGACCACAACACCUGGCACUCACACUCCAACGUUUACUGCCAUGACAACACCAGCAAUGCAGACUACAGUGGGUUACAUAAGUACAUCGGGCACUACAGUAAUUACAAGUGCAAAUUCAUCUCACACUGUCAACACAGCCUCAGAUUCAGUGGGCAGCACCACACAAGUAUCUUUGCGACUUAACAUUUCGGAAAAGAAUAUGACUAUUCUCUUCAGUGUUGUACUUGGAGUGUUUGCUGUGGCAUUGGUUGCGUUCAUGUUUCACAAAUGCAAACACAAAAUCCAAUACUUGCAUCAACCUCUUGACAACACUGAUGACACGGCAGAUGCAUACAGGGCAGAUGAUGACACACUCGUCAUUUCUGGAGGACUUUAUGAAGGCCAUCCCAUAUACGACAAUGUACCGUCAGUCUCAACAGACCAGUCUCAAUUCCGCCUCGAGUUCCUUCAUUAAAGAGAGAGCUUCUACAGUUUGAAACUACCUUCGGUGCUCGACAAGUGUGGACAAAACCAAGUUUCUUCAUCUGCCAAUUAGUACAAUUUCAAGACUGAAGUUUCCUCCGUGUGAAAUUUAAAUUCUUCAUCAGACACCCAUGGAAGGAGAAGAGAGGAAGAGAAAAUGAUGACGGGCAGAACAUUGAAACAAGGACUAAGCUGAUUCAUGUGAACAUUACUUUUACUUAAAACACUUUCAACACUAGGGCACAUUAAUAUAUUCAUUUUCUAUAUAUAAAGAUAGUAAAACCAAACAACUACACCUUUUCCCACACAACAGUGCAUACUUAUGCAGAACCCCAUUUCAUGUGAACACCACUGAAGAUAAAUUAGUCCAUACAAGGAUACAACAAACAGAAUUCUUGUCAAAGUACUUGAAAGCAAAGAGGGUGACUUCAGUCACUUAAAAUCUUCCUCAAACCACAAACACAUUUGCAUAUUAACACCUAAAUCUCUCAGCUAACAACACUGUUUAGUUUACCAAUAACAAUACUUUCAUUGCAUGCUCAGAAAUAAAUUUACCUGUUGUGAUUAUAGUCUCUGAUCCUGAAGAGUACUAUAUAUAUGCAUAAACACUAAAGCCUGUCUGAUAUAGUUGUGAUUGCUGUUUAUCUGAGCUGUAACAGUGCUAUUUAUGCAAAGAUGUUUUCAUUGCUUCUCUUCUUUUUUUUGUCACAGCCAGUAACAGCAGUCCAACCAGCAUCUCUCAUCCUUUUCAUUGCAGCUAGCUUCAAGGAGUUCCCUGGUGAUUUAUGAGUGACAGGGCUCUGGAUCUGACAAAAAAAAAAAAAAAAUGUGAUCCAAAUUUAGUGAACUAAUGGAUUGAUUCUUCUUUGGCCUUGCAUAAAAUGCAUGAAUAUAAUCUUCAAAUACAAUGAAACCUCUAUGGUUAAGUUACCUUUUGCAAAAUGUUGAGUUUGCAGAGAGCAGGAAUACUGGGUGCAGGUGCACUUGCAAAGCUCUACCAAGAACAGAAAGCCAAAUCAGCUGGCACAAAUGAUCAUGUGAAUGAAAGUGUAUG